AUUUGAAAGGCGACAUUUUCCUGUUCAAACAGGGAUCAUAGUGAACAAACAUUCAAAGUCCAAACCAGUGCAGUUAACACGCCUGUCUCCACAGCUUUUUCCACAGACUUACCCUCUGACAGGACAGGAGUAAAUCCACACAACAUGGAGCUGUCUCCUCCUCCCACAGGGUUAGAAGCUGAGAGUGCAGCCCUUUUCACCACCGGAUCCCUUCACUUCCUGCAUGAGCUGAUCUCCACGUUUGAUGAGGAGGUGGAGAAGAUCCUCCAGCUGAGAGUGUCCAGAAAAGCUCACCUGGAUCUUUCAGAUGAACUCCCAAAUUUCUUGGAAAGUACCACACACAUAAGGGCAGACCCAGACUGGAGGGUGCUCCCGGUCCCCCCCAGGCUCCAAAAGAGGCAUGUGGACAUUGGAGACAUGGCUCCCUGUGAUACCGCACGCUUCAUCAGGGCUCUGCGGUCUCCAGCACAGGGCAUACAGGUUGACUUUGAUGAUGGGAACUGCCCAACGUUCCACAACCAGAUCAAAGGGAUUCACAAUGUCAUUCUGGCAGUGAACAACCGACUCCCUGGGGCCCCACAUAUCUCCCGGGCUCCAGUCCUGAUGUUGCGUCCCCGGGCCUGGAACAUGGUGGAGCACAACAUGAUGGUGGAGGGAAAGGAAGCUCCUGGUCCUCUGUUUGACUUUGGCCUACUCAUGUAUCACUGUGGAAGGACACUGCUUGAACACCAGAGUGGACCAUUUUUCUACCUGUCAAAGGUAAAGUCAAAGCCACAAACAUCCUUCCUGUGGCUGUUGCAAGUCAGUAUCUCAAACCAUACGCAGAUUCACAGGUAUAAGCAGGGGUGAAAGAAAGGGGGUACUGUAGGGUACUGCGUACCCCUAAAAGAUUUAGCGGGGGUACGCAGUACCUGCAAGAGAGGGGAGCGGC